UGCAAUUCCGGAAUGUUAUUCACUAUUUUUCAAUUUUUACUUCAGAAUUGUAGGAUGAAUUUACCGUUUCAGACCAUAGUCAGUGGUUUUCCAGUCGAAGUCUUGUUAUCUUCCUUGGUGUUUGUUUUAACUUUAGUAGUAAUCCAAAUUCGAGGGCGAAUGAAAUAUCAGCUUCCGCCAGGACCAAAGGGAUGGCCGAUACUCGGAAUAUUUUUUGACAUUUACGAUUACCCAGCUCAUCUGGCAUAUACAGAAUGGAGCAAAAAGCACGGCAAAAUUUUCACUAUAAGCGUAAUAGGAAGAAAGUGCGUAAUACUCAAUGACGCAAAGACAAUACGAGAGGCAAUGCUGAAUUGUUCGCCAAAAAUAGACGACAAAACAGACUGGAGAUAUUGUUUUAUAGAAUUGCUGAAAGGUCUAUCCGUAAUGCCAUAUUCUAAAAAAUGGCAGAAUACGAGACGUCGAACGGCGGCCAUACUCAAAGAACUGGGAAUGGGCAAAUCAUUUCUCGAGCCUGAAAUAUAUGAUGAAACCCGUGCUUUAGUUGCGAAUCUCCUGCAUCAUUCUGAAAAUGGAAAAACAAAUAUCACGAUAAAAGAUAGAAUACGAAGAACUCCAAUUAAUCUUAUCUGCAGUAUGUUAUACAACGAAAGGUACGACUACGACGACGACAGUUUGAACUUUAUUCUCGAAACUAUGGAAUAUUUGUUGACAUUUCUCCGAGCAGCGAGCACGUACGAUGCCCUACCAAACAUACUCCGACCGCUAAUGAGCCACACUCUUCGAGAUUUUCACGCACAUAUCAAACUUCUAAAUGAUUUCUUACAAUCAAAAGUACAAUAUCACGAGGAAACAUAUAAAGACGGCGUACAAAGAGAUUUUGUUGAUGCAUGGAUAAAGUAUCGAAGAAUGAACCUGAAAAAAAAUCAGUCAGAGAAUGUUGAAGGUGUUAGCCAAGAAGCAAAUGGAACUUCAGCAUGUACGUCAUUAUCAACAAACGAAGAUUCGUGCAGUCCGGUCGUCAAUGUUUUGCAAGAUGUCUUGUUUGCUGGAGCACAUUCCACUGGAUAUGUUUUAAAUUGGUUGAUAAUGCUGCUCACAAUGCACAAGGAUAUACAAGAUAAAGUAUUCAAUGCCAUUGCUGAAGUGUUGGGAACAGAUCGUCGACCGACUGUGGCAGAUCGUUCCCAACUUCCAAUAGUAGAAGCUGUAAUAUAUGAAACACUCCGUAUCAGUACUAUUGUUCCACUAGUCGGCCAUGCUUGUUACACAGAUGUGACUCUUUGUGGAUAUCAUUUGCCGAAGAAGACUGAAGUAACAUAUAACAAUUGGGCAGUGAACUUUGACGAAGAGAAUUUCCCGAAUGCCAAGUCAUUUAUUCCACAUCGAUGGUUGUUGCCAGAUGGUACUUUUGAUCGUGAAUCGACUAACAAAUUCUUUCCAUUUGGCCUUGGAAAACGAGGUUGUGCCGGAGAAACCCUGGCAAAGGCGGAGCUUUUUAUAAUCACAACCACUUUGUACCAAAGCUGUGAGUUCUUAAUGCCAGAUGGUGACGUUGGAUCAAAACAUAUGCCAGAAAUUAAACAUAUACAAAGUUUUGUUUUGGAGCCAAAACCCUACAUGGUUCGAGUUAAAAGAAGAAGUGAAGUGAAUUCAAAAAAUGUUGAAAUCCCUUCACAACCUUGAAUCAAAUGCGCAUGAACUUAAAUAUAAUGCGCAUGAGGGACCGAAACAGAUUUUGUACUUCGGUGGUUGAUGCCAAAGUUGUUCACCAGCGGACGAAAUCAAAUCAUUUUGAUUGAUUAAAUCAACUGCUUAUUUACAUCCAUAAACCUCAAUUAUUAAUAAUCUUACUAUACUAAUUAAUACUGGACGCUAGUGAAGUUUAUACGUCAAAUUUGCCAUCUGCACACUCAAAAAAGUGAUUGAACAUUUUUUCUUUUUUUGAUAGUGUCGAAAUGAAUUCAAUAUUUCUGGGCUAUUUCUUCCGAAUGCAAUGUUUAUUCUUCUAAUCGAAUUAACUUUCUAGAGGAAGUUACAAAUAGUUUUUUUCUUCAGACUGGGUGUUCAGCUACGCACAGAAUUGCAUCGUCACUUCUGAGAGUGUGAGAUAUCGGUAUCACGUGUUCUUUUCUGUAUUUUGUGGUGAAUUUUGCAAUCAAUUAAAUACUUUGCCGCUUCA